UUACAUCGCUAGCCACACUUAGAUUGAGUUAACUUGUUAGUUAAAUCCUGGUCGUUAUUUUUUGUCAGUUAGUUACACUUGAAUUUGUCAUUGAAAUCCUAGUUGUUUUAAAUUGUCAGAGACAUAUGCGUUUUGUAGAAUUUUCAGUGACAUGAGUUUUGUAGAAUUGUCACUGACAUGAGUUUUGUAGAUUUGUCAGUGACACAUGCGCUGUUUUAAUAAUAAUUGACAUCUGUGUUUUAUAAAGCUGACACUGUCCUCAGUAAUGCAUAUCAUCUUUAGAUAAUCUACGCAGUUGUUUCAAUAAAUCGAAAUACCUUCUGAAGCUAAAAUAACGUGUCCAUUAUAAUUUGAGCAUAAAAUAAAAUACAUCUUUUACAAUGAGUGUUGGAAGACAAAUUCAAUUCUUACAUCCGCAAGUUGUUUCAUUGUUUUUGCUGGUCAUGACGCACACCUGUCCAGCAAGUAGUUCAACACUUGAUGAAAUCAUAGCCGGAGCCUCGGUCUCAAUGGACAGUUUGAUGAUGCAGGACAUUGACUCUCCAACACGACUUCAAGAGCUGGACAUGGUGCUGACACUUGACCAAUGGAGAGCUCUUCAAGUAAUCGACACAUCUUCCAAAGGCGACGGAUAUUUCAGAAAGAAAAGAAAAGCGAUAAACAAUCCGGCGCUUCGUUGGAAGAACAAUCUCAUCCCUUACAAAAUAACCGGAGCGUUCAGUUACAAUGAUAGAGAGGAGAUCAUGGGCGCCAUUGAAGAGUGGUCGAACUAUACCUGUAUCCAGUUUCGUCAAGCACAAAGAGAGGACCGUAACUUCGUUUCGUUUGAAAACGGGAACGGCUGUUAUUCAAGCAUAGGCAUGGUCGGCGGUUCUCAAACUAUAGGGCUGGCGAAGUUGUGUAGGAGUAAAGGGGUUAUCAUACACGAGAUAGGGCAUGCGGUGGGGUUUUUCCACGAGCAGAACCGCCCGGAUCGGGACGACUAUGUGCGGAUAAGAACCGAGAACGUCGAUUCAGGUCUGUUGUACAACUUUCAGAAGUACCCGUCGUCGGCCGUGUCAACAAUGGGCGUCCCGUACGAUUACAACAGUGUUAUGCAUUACGGGAGAUCGUCCUUCACCUUAAAUGGGGAGGACACCAUUCAAACCCUUAACCCCGCCUACCAGGAUGUAAUAGGCAACAGAAAAGGGUUGAGUUUUUAUGAUAUUAAAUUAGCGAAUUUAAUGUACGAAUGUAAAAAUAGAUGUUCAUCAAAUGUACAAUGCCCUAACCAUGGGUUUCUGGGUAAAGACUGCAGAUGUUGGUGUGAGGGUUCGCCUGUUAAACUCUGCGAAAACUCUAAGCCACGAAUAAUAACAACAAAACCAACUACAAAAACGACCAAAAGUCCAGUAACGAAAACUACUCCUACAGCUUCAAACUGUGUUGAUAUAAACGAGUACUGCCGUUCCUGGGAAAAAGAAGGAUAUUGUAGCAGCAAUAGUUACGUCAAAUCGUAUUGUAAAAAAUCUUGCCGUUCGUGUCAACCUAUAACCAGUGAGCCAAAAAAAGUAUGCAAAGACAACUUCCUGAGCUGCUCAAAGUGGAAGGUCAAAGGUUACUGUAGCAAGUACAAGGCGGUCAAACUAAACUGCGCUCAGACAUGCAACACUUGCAGAAGUCUCGUAAAAAGUAACGUUGAUGAAUUAACUACGAAGCCCUCGAACAAUGCUCAUACACAUUCCCUCCAUUUCUCGUGGAUUUUCGUUCUGGUUGUGAAGACAUGUAUGACGACUUUUGUUAUUUAA